AUGCUGCUUCUCCUGCUCAGCUGUCUCCUGCCCACCACCAAUGGGAAAAACUGCCUCCAGUGCUGGCAAGAGCUGCCUGCAUUAAUAGAUUAUGACCUGCAGAUUCUUUGGGGCACUCCAGGGCCACCUGCAGAGCUCUCCCAAAGUCAAGAUCAUUUGGAGGAAGCAGCAGGAACAUUAUUCACUCACAUAGAUAAAGCCAUUAAGAAGCUUCGAGAUGAUAAGCCAUCACUUUUGGAAGAGGUUCGUGUCCUGAAGCAGCAAUUUUCCAAGCAGCUGGAGGAUGUAUCUGAGGGUCUGAAGAACAAGGACAUCCGCUCCACAUUGGAGGUAAUCAGUUGCACCACAUGCCAGAAACACUUCCUGACCUGCCAAGACCCCGAUCUCUGCCCAGCAUGGACUGGGAAGAACUUCAUGUGGGCUAUGGGCAUCGGCUUCGCUCUGCCCCUGGCGAUCCUAGCUGGAGGUGGGUGA